AAUCUGUAUCAAUCAGUACUUUGUUACCUACGCUGUAGCAUGAAAACAGUGAGCUACAGUGUGACCUAACAGUUCAGAAAACUACUGAUUUGUGUAAUCAAGCACUUACUGCAUGAAAGACUCUGGAUUUUAAACAUGCCAGCCAUUGCAUUGCAGUCAGGCUCAUCCAUUACUGCGUCAGGACUGGGGCAAUGCUGGACACAGGUAAUUAUGCCAUCGAUUAAUUUUCAGAAAAAAACCCCAGCCCCACCUCUUGCUGUAACCGUGGUGCGCUCGAGCAGCUCUAAUAGUGUAGUAGUUCUAGAAACGCGUGCCGCAUCGUUUCCUCCUGAUUCCUGGGGAGUCUGUGCCAACGCGUGCGCGAAAUGGACUUACUAGGGAAUGGAAGCAACAUUUACCACAUUUGUCACGUUAUUGUCGACACGUUUCUCUUCAAGGCUGAUGGUUUUGGCGGUUCCUUAGGAUUUCGAGAGAAAAAGAGCGUGAAAAAGUGUCCCGCGCGCUCUUCGAUUCAACAUCUUCGCGUUUCCCUCCAAAACAACAAAUUUACGAGCCAAAACAGAGACGAAAUAAAACAGAAUAGGCUGUUUGCUGCUCGAAUGAAAGGCGUAGGGUGGAAAAGAGGGGGGUUGAAUAUUAAAAGCACUUAAGUGUAAAAAUACAUCUUUAAUUAUUAAUUUAUUUUUUAAACGAACACUAGCUGUGGAUUUCAUAUUUUAAAUUUAAAUUUGAUUAAGGACCAUUGUGGUUGCAAUGGUUGCAUUUAGCCCGCUGUAUCUGUCACUGAAGCUUAAAUUAAUGUGAUUCACGGGACGAGAGAUUUGGCGCAGCGACCCAAAGGAAGAGCUGGAUGCUUCACCCGCAACAUGGAAAAGCAGGAGGACACACUGCUGCAUCCCAGAAAUAUAACACAACCAGGAGCCUUUGGAAAUUCAAAGGAUUUUAGCGUGCAUCUGAACACUUUAUAGGUGGAUUUAUGCGGAUAAACAAUCAAUGCGAUGGAGACGGAGAUGGACGGAGAACUACUUUAUUGAGCACGAGGAGCGGAGUUUCCAAAGCAGCAGCUCGAGAGGAUCCCUGCCUUUGAUAAUGAGAAAUGGAUCAAGUGAGCUGCAUGAUCUCAGGAGGUCUUGGAUUGUCCUGAAGGCGCAGCUCUAGAGGGUCCAUGUCAUUGCAUUGGUCGCUGUCCACUGCGCCCGUGGUGCUGAAAUCUGGAUGAUGCCGGCGCAGCGACUGCAUUGCUGCCGCUCCCUUCACAUUAACGAAGACAAUGGGCGCUUUCUGUUGCUCGCCGUGCUCAUCAUCGUGUACCUGCUGUGUGGCGCUGCGGUGUUUUCCGCCAUCGAGAGGCCGUCUGAGCUGCGAGCACACCGGCGCUGGAACCGGACUCUCCUGAACUUUAGCGAUACGUUCAAUAUCAGCUUACAAGAUCUGGGCGCUUUCCUGAAAGAGUACGAGGCUGCGAUUGCUGCUGGAGUUCGGGUCGAUGCCCUUCGACCCAGAUGGGAUUUUACAGGGGCGUUUUAUUUUGUUGGGACAGUGGUGUCUACUAUUGGAUUCGGGAUGACCACGCCUGUGACAGUAGCUGGAAAGGUUUUCUUGAUCUUCUACGGUCUGUUAGGUUGCGCGGCCACCAUCCUGUUCUUUAACCUGUUUCUGGAGCGCAUCAUUACCCUGCUGGCCGUGGUGAUGAAGGCCGUGCGUCUGCGCCGUCUGCGGACCAGUGGUCUCCUCCCGCCGGGGAUCUGCCAGGACUUUGCUGCGAGUACGUUGCCCGGUUGGAAACCUUCGGUGUACCACGUGAUGCUAAUUCUGGGUUUAUCAUCCAUCGUGAUCUCCUGCUGCGCGUCGGCCAUGUACACUCCAGUCGAAGGUUGGGCUUAUCUGGACUCGCUGUACUUUUGCUUCGUCACUUUCAGCACCAUUGGUUUCGGAGAUUUGGUGAGCAGCCAGAAUGCUGCGUACGGCUACCAAGGACUUUACCGCUUGGCCAACUUCAUCUUCAUCUUGACUGGAGUAUGUUGCAUCUACUCGCUCUUCAACGUCAUCUCCAUCGUCAUCAAGCAGGUCCUCAAUUGGAUGCUGGAGAAAAUGAGUUGCUUGUGCUGCCAGCACUGCAACAAAGCCAACGGUUUCUUGGGACGCCGCAAUGCCAUCAGGCCCGGCUCGCGCCUCAGACGCGGACGCUUCGGCCGGACGCCGGACUCGGACAAACCUUGCGACAGCGACACAGAGGGACGCAGGCUCUCGGGCGAGAUGAUCUCCAUGCGGGACUUGACGGGAUCCAAUAAAAUCUCGCUGGCCAUUAUGCAGAAACAGCUGUCGGAGUCAGCCAAUGGAUAUCCCAGAACGGUGUGUGGAAGUUCACGUCAGAACGGCUUUUCCGGUGGCGUCGGUGCUUUGGGCAUCAUGAACAACCGGUUAGCAGAAACCAGUGACUCUAGGUAGAAAACGAUUGUUUUUAGUGGUAAAGCCUCUCCAACUCUCUCUGGAUGUUGAGCGAUUGGGGUUUGCGAUGUACAUUUUUGAGCUUGUGCAGAACAGCAUGGCAUGCAUGAACUGUAUAGGAUAUCCUUUAGGGUUUUUGGAUCGUGACUUGCUAAGAUGUAUGCUAAG